UACAACUAUCGACAAAUUUUCACGAAUGAGUAGGUUUGUGUAGUUUGAUGUUAGUUAAUUUUAUGUGGAUUAUGAAUAUGAGUUUAUUUAGCUGCCUGUAAUGAAGUUAAACAGCAUGGCAGUGGUGAAAGCGAAGUGUACUGUACUGAUUUUCAAGGCAUAAGGAGUAUGGAGUAUUUGAGGAUCUCAUAGUCGAUAUGUGUGUUUAUUGAAUAAUAUUUCACUUAACCUUCUGUUUAGCCUUUUAUACCGCGUGAAUUAUUGAAGAAAAAUGGGAUGCCUUUUCCACAAAGGAAGACAGAAUGCCAGCGUUACUGGGAAAGAAGAUGCGAAGCUGAAAGAAUAUUCAUGGGAUAAAAGGAAUGCAGUAAAUUUGAAAGACUACACUGUAGAAAAUACUGAAGAUGGUGAGGUUUUAAAAAUGCCGGGCUCAGUGAAUGGUCAACAGUUUGUAAUUCAGAACUGCAAAAACACUUGCAUAUAUAUAUUUGACCAUGCGAAUACAGUUACAGUUGAUGAUUGCAUUAACUGUAAAAUUAUAUUGGCAGCCGUAAAGGGCAGUGUGUUUUUACGAGAUUGCAAGGAAUGUGUGUGUGUGAUAGCGUGUGGACAAUUUCGGACUCGAGAUUGCAGAAAGAUGGAUAUCUUCUUGUGCUGUGCCACUCAGCCAAUAAUAGAGGCUUCUAGCAGUAUCCAUUUUGGUUGCUAUCAGUUGUUUUACACUGAUUUGGAAGAACAUUUUCAGCAAGCAGGAUUAAGUGUAUUUAAUAAUAACUGGAGCAGUAUCCAUGAUUUCACACCCAUUGAAGGAGAAAACAACUGGUGCCUGUUCCCAGAUACUAUAAGAAUACAAGAUUAUAUUUCUUUGCCUGCUUCAGAAGAAUUACAGAGGAUGAAUACAUCACUAUUAGAAGAGAAGAGUGUGGUACCUCACACGUGGGGUCCACAUAAAACACCAACUGGAGAAUCAUGCUUGGUGGCUUUUUUUUCUGAUGGUCAGCAAGUGCAACGAGCAAAAGCCUUUAUCAACUCACUCAAGAUUGAAAAUCCAGAUUGCCUGCUGUUGAUGAGCAAGGAAAUUCAAAUGCAGCAGGCUGGUGCUGAGCAUGUCUUCAAAACAAACUCCUAUAACAGUGUGGUACAGCGAGGUCUUGUGGUUGGUUUGCAGUGCAGUGGUCCUAAUUGUAUCCAAUCAUGUCAGAAGGUGGCUGUUAGAAUAGCAACAGGUAUGGGAUCCACUGGCCUGGUGUAUGAAGCAGGUAAUGCAGUUUGCACUGGACUUGAAGUAACCACACCAGUACCAAUUAAGUACCGAAGAGCCUCGGAGAAUGGUUACAUCAGGUGUAACACGCUGGAAUAUGUGUAUGACCUUAAGAAUUCAGCACUUUAA